CCCCCUCUACGGCGCUGUCCUUCCCCCCACCCCGCCCAAUCUCUGCCGGCCUCCUGGUCCCUGGCCUCCGGGCCGAGCUCCCGGCUCCUGCCGAGCCCCACUCCCGCCACCACUUGGGCUUCGGCCCCAGGAGUGGAGACGGAGCUCAGAGAAGGACCCGACGGCAGGCACCUAAAUGCCGGACUCACCAGGAGGACACGGGGCGGCAGGCCCGGAGAGGGGCACAGGAAGGGAGCAGGGGACAGCUGAGUCCCAGCAUGGCCAGCCCUGGGGAGCCCACCAGGGCUGGGCCUGAGGAAGAGGAGGAGGAGGAGGAGGAGGAGGAAGGGGGACGUGUCCAGGGAGGCUCCCAAUCCCUCAGGUGUGGCUGGGGACAUUGAGACCAUGGCAGAUUCCAGGGAAAUGCUGGAGAAGGCCCGUGAGCUCUUCUUCCUCUGUGAUAAGGAGGCCAAGGGUUUCAUCACCAAAAUGGACCUGCAGAGGCUGCAAAAUGAGCUCCCGCUGACCCCUGAGCAGCUAGAAUCUGUAUUUGAAAGUCUAGAUCAAGGACACACAGGCUUCUUGACACCCCGAGAAUUCAGCGUGGGCUUGGGAGCAUUUGUGGGAGUAGACAUGCCCGGGGGCUCCCCCUCUGUGGAGCCUGAGGAGGAGACCUUUCAGUCUGGCUGGCCUGAUAGUUCAGGGCCCAAAGCAUCAGAGGAAGAAGAGGCUGCAGUGGAGGAAGACCGUUUCUGGGCCACCAUGGAGCAGCUGGGGGCCGCCCAUGUCCUGGGGGAGCAGUGUGAGGUGCGGGCCCUGUGGGCCCAGCUGCGGAGAGAGCGCCCAGAGCUCCUGGGCAGCUUUGAGGAGGUCCUGGUACAAGUGUCCUCCUGCCUGGGGGAGGCAGUGCAGGCGAGGGAGACGGUGGAGCUGGCCCUGUGGAGGAGAGAGAGUGAGCAUGAGAAGGAAGUUCGGUGUUUAUAUGAGGAAAUGGAGCAGCAGAUCUGUGCGGAACGUGAGCGGCUGCAGAACCAGGACUCCUCCCGUCAAGACCGGGUCAGUCACAUCCUGCAAGAAUUGCAGAAUCGGGACCAAGAGCUAGACCGGGCCAGCUGGCAGCAGAAAGAGUUAGAGCAGCAGCUGCAGCAGCGGACCGUGGAGCAGCUGGAGAUGCAGGUGCAGAAUGCCCAGCUCUGGCUGGCGAAUGAGGAGCUUCAGAUGCAGCUGGAGCAGAGCCGGGCCCAGCUGGAAGCAGCUCGGGAGCAGCUGCAGCGGCUGCAAGCGCAGGCUCAGGCUGAGAAGGAGCAGAAGCACAGGGAUGUGGUCCUUGUGUCCAGGAACAUGCAGAAGGAGAAACACAGCCUCCUCCGGCAAUUGGAGCUGCUGAGGGACUUGAACAGAAGGUUGCGGGACGAGAGAGAUGCCUUCGAGGCCAAGAAGCUGCUCCUGGCCCAGGAAGCCACAGCUCUCCUGGUCCCAAGCGAGACUGCAUUAGGCCUGGGCCUCAACCAAGACGAAGGAUUAAACCCCAACGACACCAUCCCCUUUUCUGUUCUGUCCUGAGCGGAAUGCAUCAAAGUGCCCCCACCCCCAAAUAAACCCACUGACUGCACCAAG